AUACCGGUACACACCAUUCGCUCUUAACUCCUCGCUCAGAGAGCAUCGUUGACAGCCAGCCAAUCGGCUAGCCCAUCGCAACGACACAGUCAUGGUAGACGAAGAAAAAUUUGAACCCGACCCAGUCGUUGACCCGGGCCUUCUCGAGAAGAGAGGGCCUUUGAGCCAAGGGGUGGUUGAUCGCCUUUCGGACGAGGUCGAUACGAACUGGGGAGCCAUCCCGCUGCUGGCCUGUUGUUUCGUGACGGGUCUAACUGAUGGAACGCUAUACAACGCUUACGGCACCUUCGUCUCCAUGCAGACCGGGAACACCGUUUUCGUCGCCCUGGGCACUUCGGGGCAAAACAACCGACCGCUCGGCUGGGCCCGCUCUCUGUGCUCGAUAGGCUGCUUCACCAUCGGCUGCUUCGCCUUCUCGCGGCUGCACAAGCUGAUCGGUGGCGGGCGGCUGCGGCGGACGCUCUUCUUCUCGUUCCUGCUCCAGACAGCGCUCGUGGUCGUCGUCGCGGCCAUCAUCCAGACCGGCGUCGUCGACGGCCGGUACCCUCCCCACCGGGACCCAGCGAGCGUCGACUUACUCGAGUUUGUGCCCGUCGCGCUCCUCAGCUUCCAGGCGGCGGGCCAGAUCGUCAACAGUCGCGGCCUGGGCGUUGGCGAGGUGCCCACGGUGGUGAUCACGAGCCUCCUGUGCGAUCUGGUGAGCGACGAGCAGAUCCUACAGCCGCUCCGGAAGAACGUCAAGCGCAACCGCCGGGCGGUGGGUUUCGUCCUGACCCUGGUCGGUGGGAUCUGCGGCGGAUGGAUGCUCAAGUCGACCGGCGCGGUGCAGCCGGGCCUAUGGCUUGUUGCCGCCAUCAAGGGAGUCGUCAUGAUCGCCUGGCUGUUUAUAAAGGGGGCUCGUUGACCCAGCGCUCCCUCCUUCUAUCCUACUAACGGGGGCGGGCCUCUUAAACGCACGAUUGGACGAAGACAUAGAGAGACUAGACAUUAGAUAAGCA